AUGGCUCGCAAGAUCAGGCUAGCAGCCGCCCAGAUGGGCGCGACUCAUCGACAGUCACCUCGAGAAGAACCCCUGCGACGAAUGAUCAAGCUGCUGGAUGAUGCAGCUUGCACAGGGGCCGAAGUUGUCUUGUUCCCAGAGACAGCUUUCACGACUUUCUUUCCGCGUUACUUGAUCGAAGAUGAAGCAGAAUUGGCAUCGUUCUUCGAGUAUGGCGACAUCACAACUUCGUCCCAGACAGCUCCCCUCUUCGAAAGAGCACGAUUCCAUGGGAUCGAUAUAUCAGUCGGUUUCGCAGAAGCUUGCGACAAUGGCGAUCGCUUCAAUACGUCCAUCUACUACCACGCCAAAUCAAGAUCGAUCUUGGCCAAGUAUAGGAAGAUACACCUUCCUGGUGACUUUGAGCCUUUCAGUGACCCCAACGCAACGAACCAGCUAGAGAAGCGCUACUUCAAGCCUGGGAAUCUGGGCUUCGAAGCAUUCAGAGCGCCAGAUCAAGCUGAUGAUGCACAACCGAUCUUUGGUAUGAUGAUAUGCAAUGACAGAAGAUGGCCUGAAGCGUGGCGAUGCUUAGGGCUUCAGGGUGUGGAGGUGGUGCUUUGUGGCUACAAUACUGCUGGGUUUGCACCUCAUCUAUGGGGCGGCGAUACCAAGCAGGAUCCUGAGGCUGCAAAACAAAACGCCCUAUUACACCACAAAUUAUUAAUGCAGUCAAACAGCUACAUGAACGCCACCUUCUCCGUCUGCGCUGCGAGGUGCGGUCUCGACGAUGGCAAGUACAAUCUCAUAUGCGGAAGCUGUAUCAUUGAUCCAGAAGGAAAGAUCUUGGCAGAAGCAAGAACCAAAGAAGACGAAAUCGUAGUGGCAGACUGUGACCUGGACAAAUGCCGACAAGGCAAGUCCAGAACUUUCGACUUCGCACGACAUCGCCGCGUAGAGCACUACAGCCGCAUUGUCGAGCAGACCGGUGUUGUGGAACCUCUCCGAUUAGUUGAGCGACAGCACGCGACACCGGUCGUCGCCAUUCCUACGAACCGUGACGGCGUAUCGGAGAUACACGAUACCAGCCAGGAACAGCACACCGAGAGCGUGCCGACCGCAUCUUCUACCUCCCCAGCAUCACCAAGCGCUAAGCCCAUCCGCAUCCUCCUCAUCAACCCCAACGCCACCAAAUCCAUGACAGACGCCUGCGUAACCUCAGUCCAAUCAACCCUCCCAUCCGACAUCGAGGUCCACGGCUUCACUGGUCCCGCCGACGACGCUUCCACUGCAAUCGAAUCACAAACCGACAACGUUCUAUCUUCCGCAGCAUCCUUUCGCGCUCUGCAUCCGAUCCUCUCCUCCCCGACGAACCCUUAUCAUGCAUUAUUGGUAGCAUGUUAUUCCGAUCACGCGUUGAUAAAAAUGCUGCGUGAAGAAUUCGAGCUGCCUGUUAUUGGGAUCAUGGAAGCGUCUCUGUUCUACGCCAGGACUUUGGGGAGUAAAUUCGGCAUCGUGGCGACGGGGCAGAGGAGUAAGAUUGGGCAUGAGGGGAAUGUUAGGACCUACGGGAUGGAGAAGUUCUGUGCUAUCGUCGAGUCUUGUGAUCUCGGCGUUCUGGAUCUAGAGCGGUUGCCACGUGAGACCGUGAUCGAACGGAUGAGGGGUGUUAGUGAGAGAUUAGUAGAAAGAGGAGCGGAGGUGCUAUGUCUAGGAUGCGCGGGCAUGACGGGGAUGAAAGAAGCUGUGGGGGAGGUGGUGAGGGGCGAGGGAGUGGAAGUUGUGGAUGGCGUUGUAGCGGGAGUGCAGCAUCUUGUAGGCGUGGUGAGGAUGGGUGGCAGGACGAGUAAAGUGGGAUUGUGGAGGAGUAGUGCUGCUGGCAGGGAGAGGAGGGGACAGGGGUAUGUAUGA